AUGGCUCAAACAGUCGAUUCCAUCCUCGACGUGGAGACGAUUUUGUCCCUUGCAAUCAUCGAUCCAGAGCUCGAAAGCUUCAUCCAAGACAACCCAUUGCCUCCAGAGGACCACGAUCUCCUGUCAUAUAAGAGGGCUGCUCUCCAACGCCAUGCUGCCUCUCUUGCGGCACUGGGUCCGGCACCGGCUGAAGUUGCUCAGAGCGAGAUACAGUACCCAGCAAGAGAUGGAACCAUGAUCAGAGCUAAGCUGUUCCAGCCCAAGGUGCCCUCCAAAGACGGAAGCCCUCUGAUCGUCUUCUUCCACAGUGGAGGCUUCUGUGUUGGAUCCCCUGAAGGCGAAGAACUGAGUUGUCGAAAUUUCGUCCAGGCAUUUGGCGCCGUCGCGGUUUCGGUCUCUUAUCGUCUGGCCCCCGAAUUCACUUUCCCCCACGCUAUCAACGAUGGCUGGGAUGCACUCAAGUGGAUUACAGAGAAUGCAACGUCCCUCGGCGCCAACCCAUCACUCGGCUUCGUGGUCGGCGGCACCUCUGCCGGUGGCAGCAUCGCAGCGACUCUCGCACACCUCGCUCGAGACGAAGGUUUGGCUUUCCCACUGACCGGCCAGUACCUCGCCAUGCCGAUGGUUUCUCCUGCGACGGCGGUACCGGCACAGUAUGAAAAGUUCUAUCUCUCUCAGAAGCAAAACCGAAACGCGCCGGUUCUAUCGGGACCGACACUGGAGAUGUUUAUCAACGGGUACCAGCCUGACGAGAACGACGCUGUCCUGUACUCGAUACUCAAGCACCCCAGGGGUCACAAAGGACUGCCUCCUGCAGUUUUCCACAUCGACGGGCUAGAUCCACUGAGAGACGAAGCGAUCAUUUACGAACAUAUCUUGAGCCACGAGGCCGGAUGCAAGACAAAGAGGUAUCUCUACCCCGGACUGCCACAUGCGCAUUUCCUGUUCUUCCCCUUCUUGGAGGCCAGCAAGAAGUUCAGGAUCGAACAGAUCGAAGGCAUGGGCUGGUUGCUAGAUAGAAAGCCAGACUUUACCACGGUAGUUAUAGACCCAAAGGCUGGCCCAACUCCAUGA